AUGAUCUUUGGGUUCUCGAUGGGACUUGAAGCAAGGCAUGAAAAGGUUUUGGAAAGCCGCUCAGACACAAUUAUCAACCAAAAGAUUCUGCGCCUCGCAGUGCAGAGGAUGAGUACCAAAGGAUCCAAUCGCGGUGGUUGGCGUGGUGAAGAUUUGAAGAAAGAUAUAAGUGCCGACCAAAUCUUGUUAAUGGAAGAAUUCAUUGGCAAUCCAUAUUCCAAUAUCAUGUCUUUGCUAGCUUCUGAAGAAUGGACGCGGACAGGCUGCUCGGAUUUUGAAGCUGUCUCGAGGAGGUAUCCAACUCACCAAGGAGCAAGAAGUCAAAGGCUUGAGGUCGUAGUAGCCUAUGCUAGCGCGCGCGUAGCAGAACCUGCCACAUCGACUGCUAAUACUUCCAAGCUCGAGAAACGUGGAGGAUUGAUAUGUCAUUUUAUGAGCGCGCGCAAGGGAUGUAGAAUGGGAAUAAGUGACUGCUGUGACAUUUGUUGCACAAAAGUCAAAGUCGGAACCGCAGGCCCUGGCUGGGCUGAAGACUGCCGUUGCCCCACAUACCAACACGUUAUCGUCACUUCCGGCCCCACUGUUGUUACACCAGCUUCAACCACUUAUGUCACACCUGCAACUGUGACGGCGCCUCAAACUCAGACUUAUGUUACUCCGGUCACUUACAACACGCCAGUGACUUACACCACAGUUUAUCAUUAA